AUGUCUGCUAUCGAUGCCUACAUCAGCUACGCUGUCAACGUCGUCCAGGUUCUUGUCGCUGACAUUGACUUCCAAGAACCCACUCUCCAGCUCUCGUUGAUCUGUAUCGCUUUCAAUCCCAUUUUCUGGAACAUUGUCGCCAGGCUUGAGUAUCGCAAGAAAAUACUCACAAAAUUGGCCGGAAACAACCCCAAGAGAGGCUGCUACUUGCUAGCUAUCACCAUUUUCUCGAUCGGUAUUGUCAGAGAUCUUGUUUAUGAAAACGCUCUCAAAAAACAGCCAACAUCGAAGAUCUUGACCGAUAACACAAUUCUCAAAGACUACUUGAGUUACGCCACUUUUGGUUUUGGUGGGAUAUUGACAUUGUCGUCAAUGUAUGCAUUGGGUGUCACUGGAACAUAUUUGGGUGACUACUUUGGUAUCUUGAUGGAAGAAAGAGUAACCAGCUUCCCAUUCAACAUCACCGACAAUCCAAUGUAUGAAGGAUCGACAUUAAGUUUCUUGGGCACUGCUUUGUACUAUGGAAAACCUGCUGGGUUGUUUGCUACAGGAUUUGUCUACUUGAUGUAUUCAAUUGCUCUUAAAUUCGAAGAGCCCUUCACUGCUAUGAUCUAUGCCAAAAGAGAUGAAGAGCGUUCAAAGAAGCAAAACUAA